AUGUUUCGCACUCGGUACGUACUUCCGGCGAUAAUUUGCACCGCCUGUUUGAUAUCCUGCUCCGCCCCCUACUCAUCGGAUAUUGGACAGCCGCUGGACUUGACACAGGUUGUAGUGUACGUAAAAUAUGACACCGUCCUGGGAAUGUUAGUCUGCUCUGAUUGUGAGAGCACGACACACCAUCAGGGAUACAAAUUCGCGAUGAUUUGGUCCCGCGAGAGAAGUCUACCUUUGCCGAUCUUGAAGGAGCUCAAGUUCAAACUAGGAGCAUACAUUAAUCAAGAGAGAAUCCGGAUGGUGGAUCACAGGAAUUGUUAAACAAACCGUAAAUUUCUAGCGGCAUCGCGUCUGUAUACUCGGAGCACUGAUAACUCG